UCUGCUGUACGCACAAUGCUUUCCUUUUUCCGUAAGAAAACUUCCGAAGAUCUAACCACCGUGUUACCGUCGAAAGCAACCAGCUCGCAUGUUCGCUCAAACGCAGCAGAACUUCCUGCACCAACACUGCAAGAACUGGGUUACCGAAAUGCGAACGAUUUAAGAGAAACUAUAUACGACUUUCUGCGCACAAUUCGCGAUCCCGAAAAGCCCAACACGCUGGAGGAUUUGGGAGUAGUGUACGAGGAUGGCAUAUUCGUGAACGAGACGACACCUGGCAACGUAGGUGUUGUACGGGUCGAAUUCAAUCCAACGGUACCUCACUGUUCGCUAGCUACACUGAUAGGGCUGUGCAUAAGGAUGAAAAUUGAACGAAAUAUCAAUCAUAGUUUGAAGCUGGAUAUAUACAUAAAAAAGGGGGCUCACACGACGGAAGACGAAAUUAACAAACAGAUCAACGAUAAGGAAAGAAUAGCAGCAGCGAUGGAGAAUCCCAACCUUAAACAGUUGGUCGAAAACUGCAUCAAAGAGGAAGAAUGAAAGACUGAAAUUUGGGAGGUGCACUGAAUCGUGUUAAUUCCGGGUCAUAGUU